AUGGCGUCAAGUAGUGAACCAGCUAUUGAUUUGAAUGAGCAAUACGCUCAAAUCAGUUUGGAAGAUGAGGAAGAGGGAGUUCUGCUUGGUGGGGAUGAUGAGGGGGAGGAUAUUGCUUUUGACGAUCGAUGGUGUUUGGUGGGGAAAUUUCUUACGGGUAGGACUUUGGAUUUUGAUGCUAUGAGGCACAUGAUGGCUUCGUUGUGGCAACCGGGGAAGGGUGUGUAUAUCAGAGAAUUGGAUACUAAUAGGUAUCUUUUUCAAUUUUACCACGAGUUGGACGUUCAAGCGGUUGUUGAUGGUAGUCCAUGGACGUUUAAUAAGUGUCCCCUUGUUUUUCAUCGCUUACGGAAGGGGGAGAAUCCGAAGGUUGUCUUGCUGCAUAAGAUGGAUUUUUGGGUGCAGAUUCAUGAUUUAAAGUCUGGUUUUAUGAUGGAAAAGGUGGUCAGGAGUGCUGGUGAAUAUGUUGGUGGCUAUAUAAAAUCUGAUCCAAAAAACUUCAAUGGAUUAUGGAGAGAUUAUCUCAGGGUAAGAGCAACAAUCGAUGUCAAUAAGCCAUUGAAACGUAGGAUGAAGCUUUGCAAAGAAAAUGGCGAAUGGAUAUGGGCGAACUUCAAAUAUGAACACCUUCCAACAUUUUGCUUUGUGUGUGGAAUCAUAGGUCACUCCGAAAGAUUUUGUCCUAAACGGUUUGACCAACCGAUUGAUCAGUUGAAAAAGCCAUAUGGGAUUGGCAUGAGGGCGCAGAUGAAGGAAAAGAAUUAUCUGAUUGGAGCACAGUGGCUACGCACAGGACAUGACGAUGGUGGAGUCGCCGUGUUGAGUGGUGUUUCUGGAAAUUCUGGGGCCGGAGCUGAUGCAUCUUCAUUGCCUAAAAUUAUGGAAAUUGAUUGUGGUAAUCAUGAUGGUGAUCAUAAUCCCAUAAUUUUAGGAAAGAAUCAAAGUGAGAUAGUCAAAGGUGGAGGGGUGGUUAAUGGGCAGAAUAAUGGGAAGGGUCAAAGCCACAUAAUAAGGGAAGAUGGAUCUGCAUUGAAUGAGGAUGAUUUGCUUCUUAUUCUUGAUAACAAAAGAAGACGUAUGGGAAAAGAGAAGGUAAUUAAUAGUGGGGACAAUGAAGUGGAUGGUCAUGUUGGGCAAGAUGAUUCAAAAAACGUUUUACAGGUGGGCCUUGGUUCUCAGGCCCACCUAGCAUUAUGA